UAUUCGAAUUAUAAAAUAUGGUUGGAGCUGGGAAGUAGCCGGGACGCUACUCCCCCGCCGAUAUGAAAUACUAAAUUUGUAAUGCCUUAAUUACCCUCCUCGAAUCACAAAUAUUGCACCUUCACCAUUCUACAUGUUAGCGUCCACUUUAUUGCAGUUAGGCCGUUACUGAGCAAGGGUAUUUCAGUACAUUGGCUUUCAAACUUGAAAUUUGAUGAAAAAGAAAAACAGAUUAAAAACGCUAUCGAAAUCUGAAAUCCUUUAAAUCUUAAAAAUAAAAAUAAAAAAAUCAGCUCAGUUUUCGGCUCUUGGCAGUUACCGGUUUCAGUUUACGUUCAUUGUGAAUCGUUAAUGCAAUUAGAGCAAGAGCAACCGUGUUGUGUAGGCUCAGUGGGUCAACCGCUCGACUCGGUUUCUCACUCGGAUAAUUCACACAGCUGAAAGGGAGAUAAAAAAUGGAACCUAGCAUUUUCGUUAUCCGUUUCCUAGAUCUGAGUUGGUGAGAUUUGACGCGUUGUAUUCGACUCGGGAAUGGCUUCUGCGGAAGCCGAUUCCCGCAUUAGCCUAUUGGUAGUCCCGGCGCUAGAGAAGAUAAUAAAAAACGCUUCGUGGCGGAAGCACUCGAAACUGUCUCAUGAAUGCAAAUCGAUUCUCAAGACACUCACUUCUCCUUCGCCUCCGCCUCCGCCUUCGUCUCCGUCUCCGUCGGAUUCGGAGCCGGAAAACUCGAUCCCUGGACCAAUCAAUGAUGGCGGCCAAGUAGAGUAUUCACUCGCUGAAUCGGAGUCUAUUCUCAGUCCUCUGAUCAAUGCUUGUGCAACCUCUUUCAACAAGAUCGUCGAUCCCGCCGUUGAUUGCAUUCAGAAGAUAAUUGCACACGGGUACCUGCGUGGCGAAGCGGACCCCACAGGAGGCCCCGAGGCUCAGCUGUUAUCCAAAUUGAUUGAAUCCGUGUGUAAAUGCCAUGCUGUAGGUGAUGAAUCCAUUGAAUUGCUGGUAUUGAAAACGCUUUUAACCGCGGUAACUUCCAUCUCAUUGCGAAUUCACGGUGACUGUUUGUUGCAAACUGUGAGGACUUGUUAUGAUAUAUACUUAGGGACCAAAAAUGCGGUUAAUCAAACGACUGCGAAAGCUACUUUGAUUCAAAUGUUAGUUGUUGUCUUUAGGAGAAUGGAGGCUGAUUCUUCAACGGUUCCGGUUCAGCCAAUUGUAGUGGCUGAAUUGAUGGGACCAAUUGAGAAAUCGGAUGCUGAUGGAUCAAUGAUUCACUUUGUUCAAGGGUUUAUAACUAAAAUCAUGCAGGACAUUGAUGGAGUGUUUAAUCCAGCGACACCAAGUAAGGUUUCUUUAGGAGGCCAUGAUGGCGCAUUUGACACUACUACUGUUGAAACCACUAAUCCUACUGAUUUGCUGGAUUCUACUGAUAAGGAUAUGUUGGAUGCAAAAUAUUGGGAGAUUAGUAUGUAUAAGACAGCACUGGAAGGGAGGAAAGGAGAGUUGGCGGAUGAGGAAGCAGAGAGAGACGAUGAUUUGGAGGUUCAGAUUGGGAAUAAGUUAAGGCGGGAUGCGUUUUUGGUGUUCAGAGCACUUUGCAAGUUGUCGAUGAAGACACCACCUAAAGAGGCUUUGGCGGAUCCCCAGUUGCUGAGAGGGAAGAUUGUGGCACUGGAAUUGUUGAAGAUCUUUUUGGAGAAUGCUGGAGCUGCUUUUAGAACAAGUGAAAGGUUUUUAGGAGCCAUUAAGCAGUACUUGUGUCUGUCACUGUUGAAGAACAGUGCUUCAACUCUUAUAAUCGUUUUCCAGCUUUCUUGCUCCAUUUUCAUUAGUCUGGUGUCGAGGUUGCGAGCUGGCUUGAAAGCCGAGAUCGGAGUAUUUUUUCCUAUGAUUGUUCUGAGGGUCUUGGAAAAUGUUGCUCAACCUAAUUUUCAGCAAAAGAUGAUAGUUCUCCGUUUUCUGGAUAAACUUUGUGUUGAUUCACAAAUCUUAGUAGAUAUCUUUAUUAACUAUGAUUGUGAUGUCAAUUCGUCAAACAUAUUUGAGAGAAUGGUCAAUGGACUCCUGAAAACAGCUCAAGGUGUUCCUCCUGGUACAGCGACAACACUAUUGCCUCCCCAGCAAGCAACCAUGAAAUUUGAAGCUAUGAAAUGUCUAGUAGCUAUUUUGAAAUCAAUGGGAGGCUGGAUGAACAAACAGUUGCGCAUUCCAGAUCCUUAUUCUACCAAGAGAUUUGAAGCAGCUGAGAACAGUCUUGAACCUGGAACUGUCUCCUUGGAAAAUGGGAAUGGGGAUGAGCCUGUUGAAGGGUCAGAUUCUCAAUCUGAAGCCAUUAACGAGUCUUCUGAAAUUUUAACAAUUGAGCAGCGUCGAGCUUACAAGCUUGAACUUCUGGAAGGUAUAUCUCUUUUUAAUCGGAAGCCUGAAAAAGGAAUUGAAUUUCUAAUCAAAGCAAGAAAGGUUGGUAACUCCCCGGAGGAGAUAGCGGCUUUUCUUAAAAAUACAUCUGGUCUGAAGAAAACGUUGAUUGGUGAUUAUCUCGGAGAAAGGGAAGAUUUGCCACUGAAAGUGAUGCAUGCCUAUGUUGACUCCUUUGACUUUCAAGGCAUGGAGUUUGAUGAGGCAAUCCGAGCCUUUUUGCAAGGUUUUAGGUUGCCUGGUGAGGCACAAAAGAUUGAUCGAAUCAUGGAAAAGUUUGCUGAGCGUUAUUGCAAAUGUAACCCUAAGGCUUUCAUCAGUGCUGAUACUGCAUAUGUCCUCGCUUACUCUGUCAUAAUGCUCAAUACUGAUGCUCAUAACCCUAUGGUUAAGAACAAGAUGUCAGCUGAUGAUUUCAUAAGAAACAAUCGUGGCAUAGAUGAUGGAAAAGAUUUGCCAGAAGAAUACUUAAGCUCAUUAUUUGAACGGAUAUCAAGAAAUGAGAUCAAAAUGAAAGAUGAUGAUUUGUCUAUGCAACAGAAACAGUCAAUGAAUUCCAACAGAAUUUUAGGUCUGGACAAUAUCUUGAAUAUUGUGAUACGCAAGAGUGAUGAAGACGAGCAUAUGGAGACCAGUGAUGACUUUAUCAGGCACAUGCAAGAACAAUUUAAAGAAAAAGCUCGCAAAUCUGAGUCAGUUUAUUAUGCAGCCACAGAUGUGGUGAUUCUGAGAUUCAUGGUUGAGGCAAGCUGGGCUCCUAUGUUGGCUGCGUUCAGUGUGCCUCUUGACCAAAGUGAUGAUGAAGCAGUAACAGCAUUGUGUAUUGAAGGCUUCCGCUGUGCAAUACAUGUCACUGCUGUGAUGUCCAUGAAGACUCAUAGAGAUGCAUUUCUGACUUCAUUAGCUAAGUUUACUUCACUCCACUCUCCAGCAGAUAUAAGGCAGAAAAAUAUAGAUGCAAUCAAGGCAAUAGCUACAAUUGCAGAUGAAGAUGGAAAUUAUUUACAAGAGGCUUGGGAGCAUAUUUUGACAUGUGUGUCACGGUUUGAACAUUUGCAUCUAUUGGGAGAGGGUGCUCCUCCGGAUGCCACUUUCUUUUCCUUUUCUCAGAAUGAAUCAGAAAAAUCUAAGCAAGCUAAGUCAUCUGGCCUUCCUGUUAUAAGGAAGAAGGGUUCAGGAAGAAUUCAGUAUGCUGCUGCUGCUGUGAUGAGGGGCUCAUAUGAUAGUGCUGGUAUUGGAGGUAAUACUGGGGCAAUCACAUCUGAACAGAUGAACAAUUUAGUCUCUAAUCUCGACAUGUUAGAACAAGUUGGAAGCUCUGAAAUGAAUCGUAUAUUCACACGUAGUCAAAAAUUGAAUAGCGAGGCUAUAAUAGACUUUGUUAAGGCUCUUUGCAAGGUGUCCAUGGAGGAAUUGAGAUCUACAUCUGACCCUCGGGUUUUUAGCCUAACAAAAAUUGUUGAGAUAGCGCACUAUAACAUGAACCGGAUUCGGCUUGUAUGGUCAAGCAUCUGGCUUGUACUCUCUGAUUUCUUUGUGACCAUUGGCUGUUCUGAAAACCUGUCAAUUGCGAUUUUUGCGAUGGACUCUUUACGGCAGCUAUCAAUGAAAUUUUUGGAGCGAGAGGAGUUGGCUAAUUACAAUUUCCAAAAUGAAUUUAUGAAGCCUUUUGUUAUUGCAAUGCAGAAGAGUAGUGCUGUUGAAAUCCGAGAAUUAAUCAUUAGAUGUGUCUCACAAAUGGUGUCAUCUCGAGUCAAUAAUGUCAAAUCAGGGUGGAAGAGCAUGUUCAUGGUUUUCACCACUGCAGCUUAUGACAACCACAAAAACAUUGUACUACUAGCCUUUGAAGUAACAGAAAAGAUAAUUCGAGACUAUUUCCCAUACAUAACCGAAACUGAAACAAACACAUUCACAGAUUGUGUGAAUUGCCUAAUUGCAUUCACCAACAAUCGAUUCAACAAGGAUAUUAGUCUCAAUGCAAUUGCUUUUCUGCGAUUCUGUGCCACAAAACUUGCUGAAGGGGAUCUCAGCUACGCAUCUAUCAAAACUGAUAAGGAAUCAGGGAAUACUUCUCAAUCUUCACCUAGCAAGGGAAAGGACGGAAAACAAGAAAACGGAGAGAUGAUUGAUAAGGAUGAUCAUAUCUAUUUUUGGUUACCUUUGUUGGCUGGUUUAUCAAAACUUGGCUUUGACCCUAGACCGGAAAUUAGGGAGAGUGCUUUACAAGUGCUGUUUGAAACUUUGAGCAACCAUAGUCACCUCUUCUCACUACCAUUAUGGGAAAAGGUGUUUGAAUCUGUCCUUUUUCCAAUAUUUGAAUACGUACGCCAUGCUAUCGAUCCAUCAGGUGGUGACCCACCUGAGCAGGGAAUUGAUAGUGAAAUGAGUGAGAUUGAUCAAGAUGCAUGGCUCUAUGAGACGUGCACCCUGGCACUUCAACUGCUUGUAGAUCUUUUCGCGAGUUUUUAUAAUACUGUCAAUCCACUUUUACCGAAGGUACUCUCUUUACUUGUAAGUUUUAUCAAGCGUCCUCACCAAAGCCUAGCUGGAAUCGGGAUUGCUGCAUUUGUACGUUUGAUGACCAAUUCUGGUUAUGUUUUCCUCGAGGAGAAGUGGCUGGAAGUAGUUUCUUCAAUAAGAGAAGCCGUUAAUGCAACACUUCCUGAUUUCUCGUACUUCGUUAGUGGGGAUAUCAUGCUUGAAGGCGAUGGAAAUGUAUUGAAUGACCAAAGCAAUAAGGCUUCUCAUGGUUCUGACAUGGCUCGUGAUGAUUCAGAGAGCCUAGGAAAGCAACGUCUUUAUGCUUCUUUAUCUGAUACGAAGUGCCGAGCUGCUAUUCAGCUUUUGUUGAUUCAGGCAACGAUGGAAAUUUACAACAUCAAUCGAACUCGCAUAUCAGCUAAGAACAUCUUAGUCCUUGUUGAUGCAAUGCAUGAUGUAGCUUCCCAUGCUCACGGGAUCAACAACGAUACCAUAUUACGUACCAAGCUUCAAGAGUUUGGUCGGAUGACACAAAUGCAAGAUCCUCCAUUAUUACGUCUCGAGAACGAAUCGUAUCAAUUUUGCCUUACAUUCUUGCACAAUCUGAUAUUAGAUAGGCCUCCAAGUUUUGAGGAAGCAGAAAUAGAGUCCCAUCUUGUUGGUCUUUGCCAAGAGGUUUUACUGUUUUAUAUCGAAAGCGCAUGCUCAGGACAGACUUCCGUAACAUCCGCCGAUGGCCAAACCCAAUGGAUGAUUCCUUUAGGUUCUGGGAAACGAAAAGAACUGGCCGCACGUGCACCUCUUGUCGUAGUGACUCUACAGACCAUAUGCAGCCUCGGAGACACUUUGUUCGAGAAGAACUUAGCUAAGUUCUUCCCUCUUCUUUCGAACUUGAUAAGUUGUGAACAUGGUUCAAAUGAAGUCCAGGCAGCUCUUAGUGAUAUGCUCAACUCCUCAGUUGGUCCACUUUUGCUUCAAUCCUGUUGAUCUUCGAGAUUCGACCGUUAUGGUAAAUAUGUUUCUUUUCCCUUUUUCUUUUUGCCUCUUAUUAACUCCAUAGUUUUCCUUCUAUGUUGCUCCAGCUCUUUUUCUUCAAUGAGUUAGAGUAUCGGUGUCCGACACCCAUAUCGGGUAUAGGGAUAUGAUACUUCAAAGUUUUUUUUAAAAAAAAAAGAAAGAAAAAGGAAAGUAAAUACACCUAGUGUUGGACACAUUCAUAUUCGACACAGCCUCUUUUGUUUUCUCCUUUAGUUAAUAAUAAUUGAUUUUUGAAGAGUUGGCUUCCAAUACUGCUUUUGAACUGAAUAGCUGUUCUUUCGGAAUAGUAGAAAAAUAAUGGUUAAAAUGUUUUAUAAGUUCUUAUACUUUUCAUAAAUUUGAAAUUUAGUCUUUUUACUUUUAUUUUUAAGAA